GUGUGGUGUGUGGGGGAAGGGCAGACGAAUAGAGCAUAGGGAGGCUGCUGGUACCCAGGGGCUUCUGGACAGCCCCGUCCAUCCCGACCUCUAGCGCAGCGGGGAGCUGUUCAGUUCUGGCCCCGCCUCAGCGGGUCGGAGCUGGAGCGGGAGUCGGAGGCGGGCAAGGGGCGGGGCUGGCUCCUCCUCCGCUGGAGUCACGUAGCGCUGCGGCAUCCGCAGCCUCUUUUACCCGGAGUCCCAGCCCGAUCCUCCUCACACCCUCGGACCCCGCUUCGGAAGCACUUAUCUCCUCUGAGAGAGAAGUGAUUUAAUUUCAUCUGGUCAAGAGGAGAGAAGGCCGCCACCAUGCCUCAGACAUACCCAUCCUUGUCUGCCGAGCAAAAGAAGGAACUGUCCGACAUUGCUCUUCGGAUUGUUGCACCAGGAAAGGGCAUCUUGGCAGCUGAUGAGUCCGUAGGCAGUAUGGCCAAGCGGCUGAGCCAGAUUGGGGUGGAGAAUACAGAGGAGAAUCGCAGACAAUAUCGACAGGUCCUGUUUACUGCGGAUGGGAGGAUCAAGAAAUGCAUUGGGGGUGUCAUCUUCUUCCAUGAGACCCUCUACCAGAAGGGUGAUGAUGGGGUGCCCUUUGUGCGCACCAUCCAGGACAAGGGCAUUGUUGUGGGCAUCAAGGUUGAUAAAGGUGUCGUGGCUUUGGCUGGAACUGAUGGAGAAACCACCACACAAGGGCUGGAUGGACUCUCUGAGCGCUGUGCUCAGUACAAGAAAGAUGGGGCCGACUUUGCCAAAUGGCGCUGUGUGCUGAAGAUCAGUGAUCACACUCCUUCUCCCUUGGCAAUCCUGGAGAAUGCCAACGUGCUUGCCCGCUACGCCAGCAUCUGCCAGCAGAAUGGCAUUGUGCCUAUUGUGGAGCCGGAAAUCUUGCCAGAUGGAGACCAUGAUCUCAAACGAUGCCAGUACGUCACUGAGAAGGUCCUGGCUGCUGUCUAUAAGGCCCUGAGUGAUCACCAUGUGUAUCUGGAAGGGACACUGCUCAAACCCAACAUGGUCACCCCUGGUCAUGCUUGCCCCAUCAAGUAUACCCCCGAGGAGAUUGCCAUGGCCACGGUCACUGCUCUACGUCGAACUGUGCCUCCUGCUGUCCCAGGUGUGACAUUCCUGUCUGGAGGUCAGAGUGAGGAGGAGGCCUCCAUCAACCUGAAUGCCAUUAACCGCUGUCCUCUCCCCCGGCCAUGGGCACUGACCUUCUCUUAUGGACGUGCCCUACAAGCCUCUGCCCUCAGUGCCUGGCGUGGACAGAGGGACAACGAGAGUGCUGCCACUGAGGAGUUCAUCAAACGGGCUGAGGUGAACGGUCUUGCUGCACAGGGCAAAUAUGAAGGAGGUGGAGAAGAUGCAGGUGCCGCUGGGCAAUCCCUCUACAUCGCUAACCAUGCCUACUGAGGCCGAGGACCCUGGUCACCCCUCUCCCUAGCCCAUGCGACCCAUACUAAGCUUUACCUAUAGCCACUGCCAUGAGCCAAAUAGCUAUGCAGAGCAGAGGGGACGACACCCUUUCCACCCCCUGCUCAAGCGCUCUAGCAUCACUCCCUCCCCUGUAUUCUUACACCUUAGGGAAGGGGGAAACAGAGAACCCCAGUGGGCAGAGACAGGAGAAUUUGGGUGAGGAGCUGCUAGAUAUGAGCAGGACGGGCACCUGGGUUCCCACUCCCCCAUGCUGUCUUUGUGUGACACCCCACUACUUGCUGCAUCUGUGAUUCUCUAGCUUCUCCCUGAACUUUCAUCACUCCCAGAGUUUUGGUGUUGGACCCCAGUUCAUGCCACAUCUUCCACGUGGCUGUGUUGUGUAGUGCCUCAAAUAAAUGUUAGUGAGGUCAGAGAAA